AAACACGCAAUGUACGCGUUUUCCCUAUGUAGUCAUUUUUCCUUGUCACUUUGUCUGUCCCUCUCCUCUCUCUGCACUUUACCUCAACAAGAAGUCCGGCUUCAUUACUUUGUCUCUUAUACUUUCUUUGUGUUCAGGUCAGUCCAAUUUCAUGGCAUCUACUUCUAACACUAGCAGCUACUCACAAUUUGAAGAGUUUGCACCAUCUACAUCUACUUCUGGUAGAUCUUAUGAUGUAUUUAUUAAUCAUCGCGGAUCUGAUGUAAAAAAAACACUAGCCACUACUCUUUAUAAAAUGCUCACUAAUGGCAUGGGAGUGAGAGUUUUUCUGGAUACAGAAGAGCUUCAAUUGGGGGAUUCCUUGCCCACGGAACUACAAGAAGCAAUGAAGAGUGCUUCGCUUCAUAUUGCUAUAUUUUCAAAGAAAUAUGCAGAGUCUCGUUGGUGUUUGGAUGAGCUGUCAUUUAUGUUCAGAACAGGCACUAGAAUUGUUCCCAUCUUCUACUAUAUUGACAUUGGAGAUGUCCGAUAUGCAAAAGGAGUCUAUGCUGAAGCAUUUGACUUGCAUAAAAAGAAGGGUAGAUACAGCUCCGAAAAACUUAAGGAGUGGAAGAAUGCGCUCUUCAAUGUUUCACAUAACAUUGGUUACAUCGUUAAUAGCAAGGAAGAUGAGGAGUUGCUGUUGAAGAGUAUUACUUAUUGUGUUGUGAAAGAAAUUAGAAAGCUACCAUUUGUGAUCGCAGAAUAUCCUGUGGGUUUAGAUGAAAUUGUAAGAGACUUUGAAUCGGCUAUGCUUCAAUCUGACAGAAAUCAUGAGAAUGUGCAGAUUGUUGGAAUAUGGGGCAUGGGUGGUUCGGGUAAGACCACUCUUGCCAAAAAGUUAUAUAAUAAUAUGUAUCCAUCUAUGGAGAAGGCCAGUCUUAUAGUAGAUGUCAGAGAUGCAGCUAACAAUAACCUGUUGUGUGAGAAGCAGAAAAAACUUUUGGAGGAUCUUGGUUUUAAAAGUUUAUCAGUUGAUAAUGUUGAAGAGGGAAAAUCAAUUCUUGCAAGCCACUUGAGAUCUAUUCGAGCAUUAAUUGUUUUAGAUGAUGUCGAUCAUGUAGACCAACUAAAUGCUUUAUUGCCCAGCCAAAGAUCUGGAAGUUUGAUAGGAUCAGGUACUUUGAUUAUUGUCACUACAAGGGAAUUAGAAGUCCUUAACCGAUGCAGGAUCUCCUCCCAGUAUAAAAUGAAACCAUUGAGUGAAGUUCAUGCCAGACAACUCUUUUGUUGGCAUGCUUUCCUACAACCAUCACCGCUAAAUGAGUUUGAGGAGCUUGUUGAAAAGGUCUUAAAAACCUGUAGUGGGUUGCCAUUAUCGCUCAAAGUCUUUGGUGGGCAGCUUUAUGGAAAUUUAAGCAAAGAUUCGUGGGAGAUUCAAUUACAAAAGUUCUCUAGGAUAGUACCUGAAGAUAUCAAGAGCAGGCUUAAAAUAAGUUAUGAUGCAUUAGAUGAUGAAGAGCAAGAGAUAUUUUUGGAUGUUGCAUGUUUUUUCAUUGGAGAAAGAAAUGAUCUGGCAAUUGAAGUAUGGAACGGAUCAGGGUGGAGUGGUUCGAACAGUUUGGAGAGGUUGAGGAAUAAGUGUCUAGUUGAAAUAGAUGAGAGAAAUUAUAUCAGUAUGCAUGACCACUUGAGAGAUUUGGGAAAAGAAAUUGCCAAUAGACAAUCACCCUACCGGCUUUGGUCUCCCCAACAAAAUAUUAAAAUUCAUGAUAUACAGAAUGGGAUAGGCAUAGGAGGAAUAAUGACCAUCUUAGCUCCAGUAUUGAAUACCUGUCUCUGCUUUAAAGUUUAUAACGAAGAACGGAAUGGAAUAGGCAUUCGAGGUAUAAAGACCACCUCUGCUAUGGAGUUUGGCGAUUGCUCGUCGCACGCAGAACUCAUGGUUAACACAACCAGAGGAAUUUGGGCCCUAGCGCCUUCUAGACUUGGACUAAAAAUUAUUGUGGCUCGAGGUUGUAAUUUAAACCAUGUAAUUAGUGAAGCAUCAAGAGAUUUGGUCUGGCUUCGCUGGUUUGAUAUGGGGCAGAGAAAUCUUCAGUCAGUAAUUCCACUUAAAAAUUUGAGGGCUUUAGAACUCCAUGAGAACUGGAGGCGGGCAAAUCAUCAAUUACAAGAACUUUGGGUGGCUGAGUGUGACGCUCCUUUACAGUUAAGAGAGUUGAUUAUUUCUUAUUGCAUAGAAUUCCAAGGGUUUCCAAAGUCAAUAGGACGCCUCAAGCUAUUGAAAAAAGUAGUCAUCAAUUCGACGGAGGGUUUGAAAAGCCUUCCAGAAGAAUUCUGCCUACUACAAUCGCUGGAGCACCUGGAAUUAAAUCAAUGUAGUGAGCUGUCAUCACUACCAAACAGUAUGGGCAAUUUGAGAAAACUGCGGCAUCUAAGUUUGUGCGGGAGCAGGAAACUGGGGAGGUUACCAGAUUCUUGUAAGGAGUUAAUGCUGCUGCAACAUCUGAACUUAUGCAACUGUCCUAAUGUCACCUUUAAAACGGACAUAAUGGAAAACAUGUCAAAGCUUGAGUAUUUGAGCUUCGAAAACUGCUUUCAGUUGGAAGAGCUACCUCAGCAUCUCACAGAUCAGGCGUCCUUGAGAGAGCUCCACUUAGAAGGUAUGUUAAAGUUAAAGGAGGUACCAAUGAAGAUCGAUCAACUGAGCAAGUUAAGAAAAUUUUCUGUCGGGGGUACUUUAUUGACAAAUUUGCCGGCUUCUCUGGGAGAUUUGUCUUCCUUGACAGAACUCCAAAUUAUUAAUAGCAGAAGGAUAGAAUGUUUGCCAGACUCUUUGGGGCGUCUUAGUCUCUUAGAGAUAUUAGAACUAGACGAUUUAAGAAUGAAAUCUGUACCAGAAUCAAUUAGUCAAUUGAUUAAUCUUGAAACCCUGUGGAUAUGUCGUUGUCCAAUCAGCGAAGUAUCAAUUAGUUCUUCGUUGUGCAAGCUUAAGACGGUAGAUCUAUCAGAUAAUGAUCGAUUAUCCAAGAUCUCUAUCUCAGAAUACUAUUGUACUCGCCUCGAGACUCUCACAGUUGAAGACAAUAGCAAUCUACUGGAGAUAGAAGGCCUACCAAUUGCAGUCAGAAAACUGGUUAUAAGUGGAUGCCCCAAGUUGUGUGCGGUUCCCAGUUUCGCAAAAUUAACUUCUCUCCAAGAAUUUGAACUGAGAGGUUGCUAUCAAGUUCAGAAAAUUGAAGGUUUACAUCAUUGCAGAGAAUUGGAGACGUUGAAAGCAUAUACAUGGUGGGAGGCGCCGGGGCUACAAAGUCUGGAGUACAUGGAAAGAUUGAGGACGCUGCAUCUCACAGGAAUAAGGAAAUCAGUUGUUGAAGGUUGCAUACAAAGUAUCCAGAAAUGGCCUGGAGAAAUAAUAGUUUGUACGCGAGUGGUCCAAAAUGCAGCCUCACUUGAAAACUCCUGGGCGUUUCCUACUUUGAUUUUCGUUGACUCCUGCUCUAACGUGCAAACUGAUUCGAUUCACGGGCCUAAAUUGGUAGUGAAGCAGCCUACCGAUGACAAUUCCAUUAUUGUUUGUUUUGUUAUAAGGACUCCAGUGAAGAUUCAAUUGAUUAAAAUUAUGGGAGAUUCAAUGGAUUGUAUAUCUGAAGUGGAUGUGCAGGAGGGGACAUGGAUAUGGAUAGGUGUCUUCACACAACGUUCUACAUGGUACACAUCAAAGAGCUUCGAGGCAUCUUUUUCAGGUGGUGAUGACAUAGUGGAUUCAGAUGAGGACAUAGUGGAGAACGAGGCAUCUUUUUCAGAUGGGGAUAAUAUAGUAGAUUCAGAUGAGGACAUAGUGGAGAACAAGGCAACUUUUUCAGGUGGGAAAGACAUAGUGGAUUCAGAUGAGGACAUAGUGGAGAACGAGGCAUCUUCUUCAAUGAGCGAUGUCAUAGUGGAGAAAGGAUUCCUUGCGAUGGGAGAAGAGGAUAGAGUUACGGAGGCUUUGCGCUGGUUAAUGGGGGCGAGGGAAAUUUGAUUUUUCUACAUUGAAGUGGGUAGAUUUAAAUUUUCUGUAGCAGCGCUGGUUCGAAUCCUGAGCACUAAAUAAAUGAAUGUAGUAAGGACAGAACAGAUCACCUGGAUUGAAUGUAGCGGGAAGAGAACAGCUCACCUGGAAUGAAUGUAUGAGUGGAGAACAGGCAAUUCCAGGUGACAUGUUCGAGUCCUUGCAGUUGCCUAUGUAAUAUGGUCCAGUAAGUUUAGGGUUUGCCUCUGGUUUCUUUUAUUUUUAACAUUUUGCUGUGGAUUGUAAUGCAUGUCAGAUCCAAAUUAGAGAUCAAUUAUGUAAGUGAACUUUCAUUUUAGCAAUAUGUAACCUCUACAAUUGUUGUA